AUGCUAUUCAACUGCCUGAUUGUUAUUCUGAUUUUACAAGCCUGUGAAGCCGGUGGAGGUUCAAGUCGUAAAAAGAGCAAAACUUUAACUACUACUACACAGUCAACUAGAACUACUAGUUUCUAUGAAUGCACCCAAAACGCAAUUUCAGAUAAAUCUUGGUGGGAUUGUACAGAGGAAGAAAGUUUAACCGAUGGACCCUGUAUCAUGGUAGUAGACAAGAGUAUUAAUUCUGUACUUAUUAUUGUCCGUGAUAAACUGGAAAGGCCUAAUGUGAAGGGAAUUGCUCAGGUAGACAAGUGUGCUGCAUACGGUUUAAUAGAAGAACAUCUGAAAGCUGUACCUUCACCCAGUGCUUUACUUGACAUUUACUAA